CCUCAACGAUCGGACGCGUGUCGUCCCUGUGGCAAGAAACCGAUAAACGUGUAAUUUAUUUUUAACUUUCAGAGUUGUAACAUAUUCCAAGGUCCUGAAAUGUGUGGCAUUUGGGCGACAUUCGGCGUAGAUGGCGGGCUGAGCGCGACCUGCAUCAAAUGCUUUUCCAACAUCGUGCACCGGGGACCCGACGCGUGGCGCAUCGAGCAAGAUGCUCGCGAACCACUCGUCAUCUUCGGCUUCCAGCGACUGGCCAUCGUCGAUGGGCUCCAUGGAAUGCAGCCCAUGAGACUCCACGCCUACCCACGCACCACCCUCAUAUGCAACGGCGAGAUAUACAACUGCAAGCGACUGCAGGAACAACACCAGUUCCCAUACGAAACAAAAUGCGACGUGGAAGCAAUCAUCCACAUGUACCAGAACUUCGGUAUCGCAGAAACCGUCAGGAAACUAGACGGCGUUUUCAGCUUCUGUCUCGUUGACGGAGAAAAAAGAAAAGUUUACAUCGCUCGAGACCCUUACGGCGUCCGUCCACUGUUCAGGUUCCACGAUGAAGACAACGACGUACUAGGUAUUUGCUCCGAAGCCAAGGGUCUGAUUGGACUAAAACAAAAAGGUAGCAAAAACUCAAGUUUGGGACAAUUCCCACCGGGACAUUUCCAAGUUUGGAGUAUGACUGAACAGGGAAAAGUGACAGUGGAUUAUACUGAACAGUAUUACAAACCUGGAAUGCCACCUCAAUUUAUACCAUUCGUGCCAGAUGGAGAUUUGCAAAAAAUGAAUGUCUACGAAAAGACAGCGCAUUUACUUGAAGCAUCUUGCAGGAAGAGAUUGAUGGCCGAAAGAAGAAUUGGUUGUCUUCUUAGCGGUGGUUUAGAUUCAUCGUUGAUUACUGCACUGGUCGUAAAACUUGCCAAGGAACACCAGCUUCCAUAUAAAAUUCAGACCUUUGCUAUAGGCAUGGGUGACUCGCCAGAUCUGGCCGCAGCGCGAACCGUAGCAGAGUACCUUGGGACAGAUCAUCAUGAAGUUCAAUUUGAUGAAAACGACGUUAGAGAAGCAUUAGAUAAUGUUAUUUACCAUUUGGAAUCAUUUGACAUAACGACAAUACGCGCCAGCUUACCGAUGUAUCUUUUGUCGAAAUAUAUCAAAAACAACACGGACACUACCGUAGUGUUUAGCGGAGAAGGAGCGGACGAAUUAGCUCAAGGUUACAUUUACUUCCGCGAUGCCCCGACCGUAGAAGCUGGUCACGAUGAGAGCAUACGUUUGCUAUCCGAUAUUUACUUGUACGAUGGCUUGCGGGCAGACCGCACGACCAGUGCUCAUAGCUUGGAACUCCGUGUACCAUUUUUAGAUAUCCAAUUCACCAACCAUUACUUGAGCAUAGAUCCCAAAUUACGACAGCCACAAAACGGCGUCGAAAAGCAUUUAUUGAGAAGCAGUUUCGCCAAGAGCGGUUUACUGCCAGAUUCAAUAUUAUGGAGACAUAAAGAAGCGUUUAGCGAUGGAGUGGCGUCGGUGAAGAAAUCAUUAUUUACGACUAUUGCUGAAAUUAUUGCAGAGAGAUUCACAGAAGGGGAUCAAAAAUAUGAAGGCGUUCAACCAACAACCACAGAAUCGAGAUACUAUCGUAGUGUUUUCGAAAAAUCAUUCCCAGGACAGCAUAACUUCACGCCCUACUACUGGAUGCCGAAGUGGGUGCAAGUCUCUGACCCAUCGGCAAGAUUUAUUAAACACUAUGCUGCUACAUAAAAUACUAAAUAUAUUUCGUGUUACAUGA